AAACUUAAGCCAAAACGAUCGAUUGUCGCAGCGUCACGGUGCGCAAAAGCGGCCGACGCAAGCCACGUGCCAGCGACAGCGUUCUUUGCAGACGUACGUGCGCUCCGCCGCUCGCAUAGAGUCCUGCACUAAGUGCUGCACCAAGACAGCAAUCAGCAAUCACCCGUGCGCGCCAUUCGUGCCAUCGACGCGCGCCAUAUAUAAACCACAAAAAAUGCAAGCUCUCGAGCGCACGUUGUACCGCUCCGUGCGCCGAUUAGCACAGCACCUCGACGCGUCGGCGGCGCGACGAGGCGCACUCACAGCGCUGCCGGCGAAUUACUACGACCGGCAGGCACGCAUGGUCGUCGACAUGGAACCAGUUGAAAGAGACGCCGACGACGCGGCGCGCGCGGCCGACGACGCGGUAGACCAUCUGGUGCGAGAGGCGAACGGCGGCAGCGAGUUCUACGUGCCGGGGCGGGGCGAAGCCCUCACGGCCGCUUUAACGCGCGCGGCGCGGGAGUUCGAAUCAGAUAGUUUUGACGGCGCAGAACUCGGCAUGGCGGCCCUCCGGCGCCUGGGGCGUGUGGCGGCGCUCGCGGGCGCGAUGAACAGCCGCCGCGGCGGCCUUCGGGCCCGUAAUCCGGCAGAAUUGCCGCUGAAACUCGACGACGCGUCGCCGGUUAGUGUGGGCGACGUCCUGGUCGCUCAUCCGAUGUCGUGCCUGUCCCAGCCCACGUUGCACGGUGCGGUUAUAUUGCUCGUGGCGGCGGAAGAGGCGCCUGCGGACGACGAUUCGUUUGAGGCGUCGGGGGACCCGCCGGUGCUCGGGCGCGAGGGGGGCUUCGUCAUGGGCCUCGUCGUCAACAAGCGGUCCGGCGUGACGCUCGCCGACGCGGCGACGGAGCACGGCAUGGCCGCGCUGGAUAACGAGCUCCUGGCGUCCGAGCUGUUUGUGGGCGGCGACGUCAGUAGCCGGACGCUGACGGGCGUCUCGGACGUCGCCGACGACAGCCUUUCUGAAAAGCCCAAGUGGUUCACCGACGAUGUGACCGCGCUGGAAGGCAAGUCGCGCAUUUUCUGCGGCUACUGCGGGUGGUCCACGGCGCAACUCGAGAACGAGCUCGCGCGCGGCGUGUGGUUUCGAGCUAGAGCGCCGCAUACGGUGGCCCUGGAGCCCGUCGACGACGACUCCGGGACGAGCGUCUGGCGAUCCGCGUUGUCCGCUUGCGGCUUUCCCGAGCUCGCGGACCUCGCCGUGUCGCACAAGGCGGUGCUGGAGGCGUUCUCGGCGGUGGACGGGCCGGCUUCGUCUUCGGAGUAGUGUGUGUAAUGUGGUUGG